AUGGCCGCCAUGCUCGACCAAUCCCUCGACGCCAUGAUCAAGGACGCCGCGAAAGCCACGCCGAAGCGUCGCAACGCGAAGAAAUCCGCCAACGUCAAGGUGGGCGGGAAGAAGAAUGCGCGAUCGGCGAUGAAGAAAACGAACGCCGGCCCGACGCCCAUGGCGGUCGGUGGCGUGAAGAAGACGAAGAAUAACAAGAAGAAACCGGCGCGAUCGAACGCGGCGACGGCGAUGGCGGUCGACGGCAUGAUGCGCGGAGGCGGAGGACGACAGGCGAACGCGCAGGCGGGCGGACGCACGAAGCUCGUCGUCGGGAACCUGGACUUUAAGGUGAACGAUAGAGAUAUCAAGGUAAGGAGACGCGCGACGUUAGCAUGGGAAGGACCGUCGGUGCGCGCGUGA